UCCGUUUUUUUUUUUCUGAGCACUAAAAAGGGUCUCCAAUUUAAAUUCAGUUUUUCUAUCAUAAUUGUUUUGGGCAAUUGUUCCGGGGCAAUUAGUAAGCAUAAAGAACCAGCCAGAUCGUUGGAGCUGAACUCAGCUCGAUCUUCUUCUCCCAAUUCGAUUGCCGCAGCUUGAAGCUUGAAUUUUGUAGCGCUUCUGUAAUUUCAAUGGCGGCCAUAAUCCGCCUAGCAAGGCCCAAAUCCUCCAUCAUGUGCUUGGCGAGGAGGUACUUAUCUGCAUCCGCCGGAUCCGGUGCCAAUUCUCACACGCCUCCGUACAAUACCUCUUCCGUCAUUAUGAAACCUCAGGUUUCACGUAAAGGUCAGGAGGAGGACAGGAAUGUUCAGUGGGUCUUCUUGGGUUGUCCCGGCGUCGGCAAAGGUACCUACGCUAGCCGCCUCUCCACUCUGACCGGUGUCCCUCACAUCGCGACCGGUGAUCUCGUUCGCGAUGAGCUGGCGUCCUCUGGUCCCCUCUCUGCCCAGCUGUCGGAAAUUGUAAAUCAAGGUAAAUUGGUGUCGGAUGAAAUUAUAAUCAGUUUAUUAUCAAAGAGACUGGCUGCUGGGAAAGCUAAAGGUGAAUCGGGAUUUAUUCUUGACGGAUUUCCUCGAACAAUUAGGCAAGCAGAAAUAUUGGAAGGGGUAACAGACAUUGACUUGGUAGUCAAUCUGAAGCUUCGAGAAGAUGUACUUCUUGAGAAAUGCCUCGGUAGGAGAAUUUGCAGCCAGUGUGGGGGAAAUUUUAACGUGGCCUCCAUUGACAUCAAGGGUGAGAACGGGAUUCCUGGAAUUAUCAUGGCUCCACUUCUUCCCCCUGCCCAUUGUAUGUCAAAGCUUAUUACUCGUUCAGAUGAUACUGAAGCAGUAGUCAAAGAAAGAUUUCGUAUAUACAAUGAAAAGAGCCAACCUGUGGAGGAGUUCUACCGUAGUCGAGGCAAACUAUUGGAGUUUGACUUACCAGGAGGGAUCCCAGAAUCUUGGCCAAAGUUGCUGCAAGCACUUAAUCUCGAUGAUUAUGAGGACAAGCGAUCUGCUGCAGCAUAAUAGGUGAUGAUGUGUACAACGAAAGCUGAGUAUUUUAUUCUUUGCAUGCUUAUGUUGCAUGCUUGGCGAUUUUGCAGGAAAGAAGAGGACUUCUCUUAAUAUUUAUAAAUUAUAAUGAUUAUAGUUAUAUGAGUAAGUGUUAAGUUUAGCCCUUGUAGGCUUCCAAUUAUCAUCAUUGUCAUUAUUAUUGAAUAUUGAAUUGCACAUGACAGGAUCUCUGCCAGACUUCAUAGAUGGAUGGUUAAAUGUCAAUUUGAGCUGUCCAUCAUCACUGUAUGUUGUACGAUGUAACAUAAUGUGAAUGAAACUAAUCUUAUUGCCCAAUGGAUUGCUAAAGAGAAUUGGGGAAACCUUUUUCCCAGAGUAA